GUAGGGCCGGUCACAUGACCCCCCCCCCCCCCACCGAAGCGCGACCCAGGCGGGUAGUUGGGCCAUCACGUGACACUCGCCUCGAGCGGCACGCGACCUGCGGGGAGCGGCAACGCGCAUGCUCAGCUCCGAAAGGUGCCAACGGCGACGACGGCGGUCUUUUCGCUCCGCCAGCCUCGCUGUUCCCCCCCCCCGUUCCGUUGUAUCCGGGCGUCAGAGAACCCGACACACCGUCCCCCUUACCCACCGAAAGCCCCCCGCACACCGGCAGAGGCGGCGGCCAGCCCUGCCAAAGCUCUCUGUCUCCUGCUCUCUCACACAGAGCUUGCUUGGCUUCUGAUCGUCACCAUGUCAACAAAGGUCUUAAGCAAGGAACUGAGCUCAAUUGGGGUCGCCCAGGUCAUGCUGGGCUUCAUCCAGCUCACCUUCGGAAUCCCCUGGUACUACGUCGCCCGAGACCUCUCCGGACACGACGCAGUCACCCCCUUCUGGACUGGCAUCUGGUACAUCAUCUCAGGCGGGCUGACGACAGAAAUUAAGAACCUCUCCAACGCGUUCAAGGUGAAGGUGGUCCUGGGGACCAAUGUCAUCAGUGGCCUUGUGGCUGGUGUGGGGAUCAUUGCCUACUCCCUCUCCUUCUACCAUCGCAAGUGGAAUCACUGGGGCUACCGGCCGACAGCCCAGGUCGCCUUUGUGCUCCUUCUGCAAAUGUUCACCGUGGCGGAGCUUGUCCUGGCUGUCAUCUCAGCCGUGUUAAUCGCCCGGUACUUCUUCCGCUGUUGCAACCUCAACGCUGUCUCGGUAAGUUGAUCACACGUGCUGACAGUCCCCUUCUCUGUAUCCCCCGGGUCAGACCCACACACCGGGAGCACCGUGCACAGUUCCCG